GGCGAGCACAACCUGGCUCUGGACGCGGCCGCCGGAACCUGGCUGGGUCCAGAUCUACCCCGCAGUGUGACCUGGGCAGGGCCGUAGGCGUUCGGGCUUCUGGGAGGAAGGACGGGCCGAGCUGCUGGCGCCCUGUGAGCGCGAGGCCCGCGAGUGAGUGACGUGGCCGCGCGCGCAGCCGGCGCCGCUCGCGGCUGUUUUCGCGUCGUCGGGUAACGAAGCUGACGCGCUCCAGGUGUGGAACCCCGAACACGUGAUUCAGGAUCUCCGCGUUUCCGCCUUUGCAGUGGUUUAGAAAAGAAAUUGGGCAGUGUCAAUGCCCACCGUGCAUAAUGGAGGAGAUUGAAUAAGCCGAUGUGCAAUGUUAUUACUGUUGACAAGGCCCACCUAUAAGAGUCUGGAAAGAAGCCUGUGUUGACUAUAGGAAAUUGCAAAGUAAUGUCUCAGUGAGAGAUGUUUGCUUUGGGUAUAUGCUGACCUGCAAAGAUGCAUGUGCUUGCUGGAGAGACAGAGAGACAGAAAAUAUUAAGGAAGAUAGUAUCCCUGUUUCCUUGUAUGUGUAGGACUAGGCUGCUGGCUCCAAGGUGCAGUUACCAUCAAGUCAUAAAGGUGACAUUUAGUGAUGUGGCUAUAGACUUCUCUCAUGAAGAGUGGGGAUGGCUAGAUUCUUCCCAGAGGGAUUUAUACAAGGAUGUGAUGGUCCAGAAUUACAAGAACCUGGUCUCUCUAGCAGGUCUUUCCAUAACCAAGCCAUAUGUGAUCACUUUAUUGGAGGAUGGAAAAGAGCCCUGGAUGGUGGAGGAAAAGCUGUUAAAAGGUAUUUUUCCAAAUGGAGAAUCAAGAUGGCAAAACAAGAAAUUACCAGCAAAGGAGAAUAUUUAUGACAAAGAUUCACCUCAAAUGGUAAUAAAAGGAGAAAUGGUAAAACAAAAUUAUGAAUUUUCAAAUUUUAACAAGGACUGGGACUAUAUAGAGAAAGGUAAGUAUGGAAGUCAAAUAGAACAUUUCAGACCAGUGACCUUCACCUUCAGAGAAAGCCCAAAAGGUGAAAGUGCUUAUAGGUACAAUACAUUUAGAAGCAUUUUGCAUUUAAAUUCUACUUUUUCUGAGCCACAGAGAGUUUCUGCAAAGGGGGAAUCACAUAAAUAUGAUAUAUUGAAGAAGAGCUUGCAAAAAAAGUCAGUUAUAAAGAACCAGAAGGUCAAUGGCAGAAAGAAACUUGUGAAUUCUAAUGAAACUGUGACAGCCUUCAGCCAGAGCAACUCUCUUACUCUUCACCAGACUUGUAAUCGAGAGAAAAUCUAUACAUGUAGUGAAUGUGGGAAAGCCUUUGGCAAACAAUCAAUCCUUAAUCGACACUGGAGAAUUCAUACAGGAGAGAAGCCCUAUGCGUGUCGUGAAUGUGGGAAGACUUUUAGCCAUGGCUCAUCCCUUACUCGACAUCAGAUAAGCCAUAGUGGAGAGAAACCUUACAAAUGUGUUGAAUGUGGGAAGGCUUUUAGCCAUGUUUCAUCACUUACUAAUCAUCAAAGCACUCACACUGGAGAGAAACCGUAUGAAUGUAUGAACUGUGGAAAGUCUUUUAGUCGUGUUUCACAUCUCAUUGAACACCUGAGAAUUCACACUCAAGAAAAACUUUAUGAGUGUCGGAUAUGUGGGAAGGCUUUCAUUCAUAGGUCAUCUCUUAUUCACCAUCAAAAAAUUCAUACUGGAGAGAAACCUUAUGAAUGUAGUGAAUGUGGGAAAGCUUUUUGUUGUAGCUCACACCUUACUCGACAUCAAAGAAUUCAUACUGUAGAGAAACAAUACGAAUGUAACAAAUGUCUGAAAGUCUUUAGUAGCCUCUCAUUUCUCACUCAGCAUCAGAGUAUUCAUACAGAAGAAAAGCCCUUUGAAUGUCAGAAAUGCAGGAAAUCCUUCAACCAUCCUGAAUCACUGAAUAUGCAUUUGAGAAAUCACAUUAGAUUGAAACCUUAUGAAUGCAGUAUAUGUGGGAAAGCCUUCAGUCAUAGGUCAUCCUUGCUUCAACAUCACAGAAUUCAUACUGGAGAGAAACCUUAUGAAUGUAGUAAGUGUGGGAAGACCUUCAGCUGUAGUUCAAACCUUACUGUACAUCAGAGAAUUCAUACUGGGGAAAAGCCUUAUAAAUGUAAUGAAUGUGGGAAGGCUUUUAGCAAAGGCUCAAAUCUUACUGCCCAUCAAAGAAUACAUAGUGGAGAAAAACCCAGUUGUGUAGUUAGUAUAGAAAAGCCUUUCGACCACAUGAAUCAGUAUACAUGUGAGAAAUCAUAUAUGAGAGAAAAUACAUGAGACAGUAUUUGUCAAACUUCAGCCAUAGAUCUUCUCU